AUGACUACCCUCCAACCUGUUAAUCCGAAACCCUUUUUGAAUGGGCUCGUUGGAAAACUGGUUGUUUGCAAGUUAAAGUGGGGAAUGGAGUACAGAGGUUAUCUAGUCUCCGUGGAUGGGUAUAUGAAUUUGCAGUUAGCGAACACGGAGGAGUAUAUAGAUGGAACGAACCAAGGAAAUCUUGGCGAAGUUCUUAUUAGGUUAUGUAUUUAA